AGUCUGAUUGUGUUUGUAUGAUUAUACUUUAGCAGCCUUGUCGUUAUUUUAAGGUAAAAUAGUUACACAAUGUAGCAUUAAGUGACUUAAAGUAAACAACCAACACUAAGGUGGUGUAGGGAAAUAUGUAACUUUAAGGAAUGGACACAAAUCAUAGUUAUUCAAAUGUCUACACUGCAUUGCUUAACAAAGGAUUCAAGGCCUGUGUAGUUCUGCAGAUGGGAUGGCCUUAAUGUGAAAGUCAAGUCUCUUGGCAUGAACAAAGCUCUUCCUGCUUUUGUUACUCAGUAUAUUUCAGCAGAAGGAUUUUUUCCAACACCGACCUCCUUAGCAAGCGAUGACCCUGCCAUAAGGAAAUGAAGAAUGAACUAGAAUGGCAGUCGGAGAGCUCAGACCUCCGCCAAGGCCAAUGGUGCGUUCACAUGCUCCUCGGAUGGUCCCUUUUCUGAGUUGGGAAGUUGUUUUUCCGACUCUGGUGUGUUCAAGUGCUUUUAGUUGUAAUCUGGAAACAACAUGGACGCUACAGAGAAGAUGUGUUGUGAUUGAUUGCUCAGUGCGUUUAAGCAACACGUUGAUAGCUGUUUCCAGUAUUUGCAUGACAACGAAGAGCAAAGGAAGGAGAGCAGACAUGGCUGAGGAUGAUGUGACUCCGGAGCAGUUAGCAGCUAUUGCUGCAGAAAAUGAAGAGCCAGAGCCGGUGAACUACAAGCCGCCAGCCCAAAAGUCGGUAAAAGAGAUCCAUGAGAUGGAUAAGGAUGAUGAGAGCCUACGCAAAUAUAAGGAAACCCUGCUUGGCAAUGGGGCCUCUGAGGCUGAUCCCGGUGUUAAUAAUGUCCAAGUGAUCCGAAUGUCUCUGAUCUGUGAAACCGCCCCAAACCCCCUGGUCCUGGACCUGCAAGGAGACCUGGAGGCCUUUAAGAAGCAGUCGUUUGUUCUGAAGGAGGGCGUUGAAUACAAAAUAAAGAUCAGCUUUAAGGUGAACAGGGAGAUUGUUUCGGGUCUGAAGUAUGUGCAGCAGACAUUCAGAAAAGGAAUUAAGAUUGAUAAAUCGGAUUACAUGGUGGGGAGCUACGGGCCUCGUCCCGCUGAAUAUGACUUCCUGACCACGAUUGAGGAGGCUCCUAAAGGCAUGAUGGCCCGCGGCACCUACGUCAUCAAAUCCAGGUUUACUGACGAUGACAAGCACGACCACCUGUGCUGGGAGUGGAACCUCAACAUCAAGAAAGACUGGAAAGACUAAAAGAGGCCUUUGUGUUCGGGGGCAAAGGGACCAAAAUCCUCCAGCCCUGUUGGUUCCUCAGCCGCACCCCCCCCCCCCAUCUCCACCCUGUGUCCACCAUUUCUGCCUUCUUUGUUUUGACUUUGUCGUGCAUUUCAUGCCUUAGUUAAUGCCUCGCUGUCUUAACACCCUGGCAUUCUUCCCACCUCUCUGUCAGCAUCCGUAGCAGCAGUCGCCCCCCCCCAACAUUCACCUCAUUCAUCCGUCCAUACAGCACCUCCCUAUCUGCCCAACAAUUCAUUGAUUGCACACGACUUCUGUUCACCAACCUGCCAUCCUCACCCCAAACCCCCCACUUAUCUGUGCCAUAUAGCACCUUUCUUCCUCACACCUAGCCCUGUUUUUCUUUUGUCCCGGAUUUUUGCUGCUUGAAGAGAUUAAGCCCACCUUCCACCUCUCCAGAAUGGUGUCUUCCUCUCUCAGUAUGAAGUACAUGUGGAAAAGCAACUGUACAAUCAACUUUUGUUUGCCUUUUUUUAUAUAAUUGUAUCAAUGGUUGUAUCAGUGGUUAUGUAAUGUGACUGUAUUCACAUCACUGUUAAUCAUAGCAGGCCCCACCCUCCCUCCCCCCCCACAGCUUUCCUUUGCUUGCUGUCUUUUGAUAUAAUUACCAAUACCUGCCUUGUAAAAACAAUUCAUUCAGAGCUGCUCUACUGAGCCUCUCUCCCCUCCCCAGGGUCCAAAAUUAACUAAUGGUGCUAAUUUUGAACCCUUCCUUCCCUACAUGUAUUCACCCACUCCCUUUCAAAUGGGGACUGGGGCCAAAGUGAACAAGGGAAUAAAAACUUUAAGGGUAACAAAAAAAAAAGCUGCCUUAUGUGUAGACUAAUGUCUAAACCUAUUGUCUAGCACAAGCAGUGCUUGCCGUCUGUAGUGCUUACUCUCACUACCAACCAAUAACCAAUAUGUAGCCCUGUUGUAGCAGAGACUGUUUAUACAGUUUGCAGGCUCUGCAAAAUAAACUUGUAAUUGGAGCAGACUGAAUGUUAAGAACUGGAGAAAAGACACCAAACCCAGCGAAAAAUCAGUAUUGAUGAAUCUCGACGUCAAUGUUCCUUUUAGCCACGAGGCCUUAGCACCAACUAUGAUCAUGCAGAGAAAAACAAAUGUUUCUAAUUGAGCCUUUUUAUUUGUUGUUCCCCUUUGCCUUAAUGUACAUCAUUCCCCCUUCAAAGCCCACCCCCCCUCGCUCGUUCAGAUUGCUUUAUAACUCGUAGCGUGCAGUCAGGAAAUCCCAGGUGUGGAGGAGUAGUACCAGAGAAAGCACAGGAGGAGGCUGAGCCAGGCACCGUCUGCUGCUGCGGGAGACCUCGAUGGUGUCUGGUCCCACACACAGAUGCUGGUAGUAAAGAGAGAAAACUGACCAACAGUGACCCUCUCAGAAAGAAGAAAGCAGUGAAAGGAAGGGUCAGGCGACACUACCAAAAGAGAAACACAUGCUUAAUAUUUAAUGAGAGAGGAGGAGGAUUUGAUUUUGAAACACAACUGACCAGAAACAUUUAAUUGAAAUCAACUUGUACUGUAACAGAACAUAUGGAUGUAAAACUUUUUGUUUCUUCUGAUAAUGUUAACUAUGUAUUCCUGCUCCAUACAUUCCUUCACAUUGUACAGUUUCUAUGAAAACGCUGGCAUCCUGGUGGGGUUGUAUAUUCUUUCAUCAUUUGUGAUUGCUCUUAUCGGCCAAUAAAGAUUUUGCUCAACUUGGCCUCCAACACUGGCGUUUUGCAAAGUCUCAUGUUUUAAUGUGUGUUAUGUGUGCUAAUAAAAGGGAUAUUACACAAA